CCUGGCCAUGUCGUCAUUACUUAUAGUCAGUCAUCCGACUUAUACAUGAGACGCCUAUAGAAUCUGUCCCCAGAUUAAUAUACGUCCUUUUCUCUGAUUUCUCUGGUCAACUUGACGAAACAGCAUAUCCCGAAUACAACAAAACAUAUCAACACUGGUUACAACAACCACAAAACCGCCAAAAUGACGAGCUACAUCCCCCAGCUCACCCUCCCCUCUUCCAUCUUCACCUCAGCACCAGCCUCCAUCCUCCUCCCCGUAGCUCUCGGCACAGCCGUAGGCUUCGGCACAGGCUUUGUCUCCGACCAAAAACGCCAAUACCACUCCCUCCGCCAACCCCCGCUCCGCCCACCUUCCUCCGUCUUCGGCCCCGUCUGGACCCUCCUCUACGGCACCAUGGGCUACGCCGCCCACCGCGCCUACCACCUCGGCACUUCUUCCCCUUCUUCUCUCCUCCUCCCAACCACCAACCCAUCAUCAACAGUCCACCACACCGCCACGCUAUACACCCUCCAACUCGGCUUGAACUUAAUCUGGAUGCCCCUCUUUUUCGGUCUGCGUCGUCCCAUCCUGGCUACCCUCGACUGCGCCGCUUUGGUGGGGAUCAAUGCCUACUUGGCCUGGACGUGGGGAACGCAGAUUGACGCGGUGGCGGGCUGGUUGAUGGUGCCGUAUGUGUGCUGGUUGGGGUUUGCUACGUACUUGAGUGCGGGGAGUGGGUAUUUGAAUGAGUGGGAUUUUAGCGAGGAGAGGAUUAGGAAGGGGGAGGAGGAGCAGAAGAGAAAGAAGAAGGGGUUGUAAAAGGGUGGGUGGAUGGAGGGUAGAGCAAGCAAGUAGGCAAGCGAGUUAGCUCUUGGGAUUGGUUACCUAGACUAGUUGAAGGAGAACGACAAGAAAGCUGUUGGUUUGGGUUUCACUGGGGAAACG